AUGGCGGACGAGGAGGCCGAGCUGGACCCUGGCGAGCGGAGCGACACUUCCAGCGCUUUAAACGCGCUCUCUACGCGACUGGAGGACACAGUAUCUGCUCUGAAAAACAGCCACAAGUCUCCUGCUGAGAGCGAGUCACAGUACUGCUAUGAGUUCUGUCAGACGUUGGUGGAGUACAUCGGUCUGUGGAGUACUGAGGAGGAGCCGUUAUCAUUACUGGAGGUUUAUAUUAGCGCCCUGCUGAGCUUUGCGCAGGCGUCUCCGUACCUUUCUGCCCAGUGUGAAAAGGUGCCAGAUGUGCUUGAAAGGCUUUCACUGAGUUGUGCAGAGUUGCUGAUUUCUCUGCCCCAUAAUGUACCAGAUGAAUUGUGGGACAGGUUCAAGUCAUCUGUGCAGGCUGCUCAUUCUCUGGUACAGGAGAAGGGAAUCUCCCAAUUGGUAAUGCUCAACACCAUCACACAAGAACAAGGAGUCUGGACCAAUUCUACAUUGCAGUGCAUCCUCAAGAAUGACAUGCCAUCCCAAGAGAAAGUUCAUGAGUUCCUCACUCUGGAAGGACCAGCACUACUGAGGAUGCGAGUGAAGCAUCUGAUCAAAGAGAGCUGUAUUGAGCAGGCAGCAUUACUUGCCAAGGCCUGUGCCGAGCUAUCCAAAUUUGAAGAUCAGGGACACUUUAAGCAGAUGUACCUGGUUUGUUUGUGCACUGUUGCUCCACAGGAACUUGUAAUGGAAGAGCUAUCAAGAGUGGACUGUCGAGAUGCUUUAGAGAUGAUUUGUAACCUUGAAGCGGAUGGUGAUGAGAAAGCAGCCUUUACGUUGUGCUCUGUUUUUUUGACCCGUCAGAUUCUUCAGGAGGAUUCUUAUUGUGCUUGGGAACUGACUCUGUUCUGGGGCAAACUGCUCAAGCGAUUAGAAUCUUCAGAGCAAGGUUUUUUGGACAGAUGCCGUCAGAUGACAAUUCUGUCUAAAACAGUGUUCCACCUACUCUUUUUCGUUAAGGUCAUCCAGUCAGAGAUGGAUAAAGUUGGUCUUUCUGCUUGCGUUGACAUAUGUAUUCGAGCUCUCCGAAUGGAAUCAUGUGAAGGAAGCACCAAGGCCACUGUCUGCAAAACCAUCUCUUGCCUCUUACCCACUGACUUGGAGGUCAAAAGAGCCUGCCAGUUGACUGAGUUUCUUCUGGAACCAACGGUAGACUCCUAUUAUGCAGUAGAAACUCUGUACAAUGAGGCAGACCAGAAGCUAGAAGAGGAAGAUCUACCUGUACCGAACUCUCUGCGCUGUGAGCUCCUUUUAGUCCUCAAAACCCAAUGGCCUUUUGAUCCUGAGUUUUGGGACUGGAAGACAUUAAAACGCCACUGUUUGGGUCUUAUGGGGGAGGAAGCUUCUAUUGUUUGCUCCAUUGAUGAACUGAAUGAUUGUGACCCUGAGGGACCAGAGGAAGGCAUAUAUUGUGAGGAGUUUAAGGAUGUCACACAACGGUUUCUAGAUGCAACUAAUGAGUUAAAUGAAAUAGAAGAUCAGAGGCAAAAGAAUAGAGAGAUAAAGAAAUUGAGAGAAAAAGGGUUUGUUUCAGCUAGGUUUAGAAAUUGGCAGGCUUACAUGCAAUACUGUGUUUUAUGUGAUAAGGAGUUUCUUGGUCACCGAAUAGUGCGCCAUGCACAGACUCACCUCAAAGAUGGAUGCUAUACCUGCCCGAUAUGUGUAGAGACCUUUGAUGCAAGAGAGACUCUUGAGCCCCAUGUUGCAUUACAUGUAAAGCUUUCUUGCAAAGAACGUCUCGCUGCAAUGAAGACAACUAAGAAAUUAGCCAACCCAAAAACUGCCGCUCCUGUCAUUGCUGCCCUGAAAGCAAAAAGUAGUGAAUAUCAGGUGCGAAAGAUAAAAAGUAACUGCAAUGGGGACUCAAUUUUUUAUGGAAAUGCCAACAACUCUGAGUGUCUUGACUUAAGUGAUGGUAAUGAAGGGAAUAAUUGCCCAGUUCAUAGCUGCAGAAAGGGAUUUAAAUAUUUCCGUAAUCUUCUUGCCCAUGUGAAAGAUCAUGGGGACAACGAAGAAGCGAAACGCUUCCUUGAAAUGCAGAGCACAAAAGUAGUGUGCCAGUAUUGUCGUCGCCAUUUUGUCAGUGUUGAUCACCUAAAUGAUCACCUCCAGGUACACUGUGGCGUUAAACCUUAUAUUUGCAUACAGCUUAACUGCAAAGCCAGUUUUGACUCCAAUGCUGAGCUUAUUAUACAUAAGAAAGACCACCCAGUCUUCAAGGCUAAGUGUAUGUUUCUGGGUUGUGGUAAGAUUUUUCAUGAAGCCUAUAAACUGUAUGACCAUGAGGCACAGCAUUACCAAACAUUUACCUGCAAAGCACCAGACUGUGGUAAAGUGUUUCAUUCUAUGUCUGAGUUAGAUGUCCAUGCAGUUGGCCAUGUUGCAAAAUUGGAAGCCCAGAGCACCGAAGUCCAAAUUAUUCAACAAACAGAACCUCAGCCAGAUCUCUCCAAUGAAAUGCAUCAGCCUGCCGCUGUCUUAGCCACCAAUAGGAAUGGCUGCAGCACAGGGCCUCAAAUGGAUCGUGGGAUGGUGAUCGUAAAGCAUUCUGUUGAAAAUAUGCUAAAAAACGCUUUUGCAAUGUCUACACAAGGGUGUUUCCAUCCUGGAACAAGUAUACCUGAACAACGUGCGCAAAGUCCCAUCCAUCAGUCUAUCCCACAAACAAAUGACCAGCUGACUCAGUCAGCCAUGAGCCCUCACUUAAAUCAAAUUAGACCAGAGGAAACUCUACUAGAUGCCUUGAUGAAUGAUCCAGAUCCCAUGCCCUCUACAUCUUCAUACCAGAGCGUUUUGGAGGACUUGCUGCCUGCCCCACCAACAGAUGUUUUGCAUGGUCAGCUGCACACAGCUGAUUCAGGUAAAACACCAAAAUUCAACAAUAACAAUGGCUUAUUUGGGCAAUACAAUCCUAAUCCUUUAAAUCAGAAUCAAACACUAUAUCAAAGCCUGUAUAGUAAACCUAUAACGCCUUCAACACAGGCUUCCCACAAUGAAACGCCACUUGUUUCAUUGGGUCAGAUGCUUCCUCCAAUUUCACAGACACUUCCACUACAAAUGGCUCCCUUACCAACUAAUGGACAAGUAUCAGAGAACAAAUCUGGGCAACUAGUAGACGUGAACAGCGCUGUCCAAGUGGUUAAAGAGAGACACAAAUGCCAAUUUGAAUUAUGUACUCGAGACUAUAGCUCUUACAGAAGUGUUACGAAGCACAUGAAGGCGGUUCAUCCUGAAUUUUACACACAGUGGAAACUAGCAAAGAAGAACAAGGUGGCAGUCCCACCCACUCUCAGAACUGUUUCUAUUAAUGGAAGCCUCAAUUCAGCUGCACUUCCACAAAACCAACUGGGUCAAAGAGUCCCUGGCCCUGUUGUUCAAACACAGAGUCCUUCUUGCCAGCCUCCUCCUUACCUAACAAAUUGUGCAAACCCCAGCUAUCCCUCUGUCCCCUCUCACAUACCGGCAUCCACAGGCCAUACCCAUAACAAUGAAAUGGCAAAUAUAUUGGAUCCCAUCGUGCUCUCUCAGCUUGGACAUACAAAUCAAUCUCAAAUGACCGCAGACCACGUGUGGGACCCCAGGAACAAUUCAGUACUCCAAAAGACAUGUCAUUCUCCGGGAAUGACCCAAAACGUUAACACACUUUCUAGCAGGCAUUACGCUCCUCACCUGAAAACAGCUUCUAGUGAAGGUGCACAGCAUGGUGGAAUGAGCUAUACUACUCUAAAACCACAGAAUAAUCCUAACAUUCACCCUACACCAGACCAAGUAGAUAGUAUUCGCAAAAUAAAUAAUUCCACAGGUGACAGCUUGCAUUCUGUUGCCAACUUAAAUCCAGCCCAACAAGUCAUGGAUCCUAAUAUGAUGGGAGUAGUUAAUUCUGUAACCGAGACAAAUUUGGGAUCUACUCUAAUGCCUGUGUUGCCCUUCUACACUGACAGUUUAGAUUCUAAAGUAUCUUCAGUAUCUCCUUACACUCAACAAAUUAGCAGUUUGAACAGUUCAGUUCCCAAAGAUUCACCUGCAUCAGCUUGCCCUCAACAAAUAAACAACAAUUCUUUCUCUGCAAAAACCCAUGCUCAGUUUGUGGUGAAGUUGGAGACAAAACCAAGUAUAGGUCUACCACUUCCAAACAAUGGUACUCCCCCAUCAAACAUGAGUUCUCCAGCUACUCAAAAUACCACUGGAAUUGUGUUCAGGGAUGGGGACAACAAAAAAGUUAAACGAAGCAGAAGAACAAAAUGGCCUGCCAUUAUUAAAGAUGGCAAGUUCAUUUGCUGUAGGUGUUACAGAGAAUUCCAGAGUUCUAAAUCUCUCGGAGGACACUUGUCAAAGCGUGCUUCUUGCAAAACACUUGAAGAAACUGACCUUACAGCGGACCUCCCCAGCUCGUUUCUUGAUCUUCUUAAUGCGCCUCAUCCUACAACGUCCUCAUUAGUAGAGCUGGAACCUUCAGUGCACCUGCCUAAUAAAGGCCCCCUUGAUCCAAAACUAUACCCUAAUGUCACUUUUCCCCAGGCCAAUAACUCCACCUACACUAGCAAUGAUAAACCAACAGCGGGAGAGUUUCAGCUAGACCCAUCAAAUCUGUGUGUGAGCUCUGGUCAAGACCAGCAGCCGGUUUCAAACACUUGUGGUCCAUAUGCUCAAAACCGUCUGUCAGAAACUAGUGUCAUACAGCACACUUGUAGUGUCAAAACUCCGCCACAAGCAAGUUACACUGAGAUGUCCAACCCACUGUUUAAUGAUCCUCUUCUCUCUCAGUUGUUUGCAGAAGACCAUUCUACAUCCACCCAAAAUAGUGGUUCUUCAGAUCAUGUCAGUCAAAUUCUUCAAGCUGAGACUUUAAAUAAAAUGAAAGAGAUAAAGGAAAAGACAGCUAUCAUCAAUGCAAGUGGAUUAUCAAAUGAAGGACUUCUAGCAGCCAUGGCAACUCUUGCUCAAAAUCUUGUUUCUGAAAAGAGUGUCAAAGAAAGAUUGCGUGAACAGAUAUUGGCUGGAGACCUUCACAAAAAAUGUUUGCCUGCUGGAUCGAGUUUGGACAGUUCCUGCUCACAGAUGUCUGUUGCAAGUCCUUUGACUGUUGAUCCUCAGCAUCCCUCAAAUGUGAUUCAGAGUGCACCUCCAAGUGAACAGCGACCUGUGGGGAACACUGCUGGGACUUCAACUGAGGCCAUUUUGCAAUUGGGUAACAUCAGUCCAAAUGAGGCCUCACUUCACACCCAAUCAUCUGUGUCUUCAGGAAGUGCUCAGAAUGAUCAGCCCAACGAUACGAUCAUUACAACAGUGGAUGAAGUAUUGGAAAUCCAAAAAGCUCUUGAGAAGCUUAACCUAGACAGAGAAAUCAAUGAGGAUACCAGAACUGUAGAUGACCCUACAAGAAAUGAUAGACAGCCUAAUAAGUUCAAUGUUUCACCCUUUGAGAUACCAAGCUUUAUUAAGCCAUUUGCAUGCGAUACAAAUGGUUGUACUUAUAGAGCAAUGACAAAAGAUGCUUUCUUUAAACAUCUUAUCAAACUGCAUAAUUACUCAGAUGACAUGCUUACUCAGUUCAAAGACCAGUUUAAUGUUGCCCCUUUCAGCUGUCAUAAAUGUACCAAGGCGUUUACUCGCAACUCCAACCUUAAAGUCCAUUAUCAAACAGUGCAUAAUUUUACGAAGGAAGACGUAAAGAAGAUGAAAAAUAAACGUCAGUCCAAUCACAGACUCCUGGAGAGUGACAGAGGAAGUUCUUAUCCAGUGCCAGAAUUACCCAAUCCAGUCAAAAACACAUCUUUGUUGGAUGCACGUCAACAGCAGAUUGAUGUUCCAGGUGCAUCAGAGUCCAAUGUAAAAAUAUCACAUUACAUCACUCCAACGUUUGACCAGAAAUCUGCUGAGAUGCCUGAAGUUAGAGGUCUUGCAUUGGGAAUACAGACAGAAACUUUACAAAAUCACACACCUGUUCAGCCUUCAGUCAUUGUGUCUGGCUAUUCUUCAGUGACUCCAAGUAUUGAUCAGCAGCCAAAUGCAUGGUUUUCCACAAAGUCCUCUUUUUCUGGUCAGAUCCAUGGGUUCCCACUAAAAGAGCUUCUGCCCAUGCCUUCAUUCAACCCAAAUCCAUCAGCACCAGUACAGGUUGCUAUUGAGUCCUUGGACAAAAAUCCCAAACCUGCAAAGCCUAGAGUGGCAAGGCUAAGAGAGUCUCCCAAAAAACCUAAAGACAGAAAAGCUGAGGCUGAGGAAACUUUUAGUCCUUACAGACCUUAUCGUUGUGUUCAUCAGGGUUGUGUGGCAGCUUUCACAAUUCAACACAAUUUGAUCCUACAUUACAAAGCUGUGCAUCAGUCUGCUUUGCCUAAAUUUGAGGACAACAAUCAAGAUGAACAGAGUGAAGAGGAAGCAGAGGAAAAGGAUAUAAAUCAGGAGAGUGAAGACAAGCUGCAGGGUGAUGUCAAGGAGGUUGAUGAGAUCAGGUGUCAAGUCAAAGACUGCUCUUGUAUUUUCCAAUCUGUUCCAGACUUGCUCCAGCACUAUCUUCUGCUACACAAAUUAACAAUUGAGAAAGCAGGUGCCAUGAUGUGCAGCAUAAACUUGGGCAGGUUUCAGUGUGACCAGCCAGAGUGCUCUGAAACUUUCACAGCUUUCUGGAAAUAUAUCAGCCAUGUUGAUCAAGAGCAUACAGGUACAACAAUAUCUCAAGUUGAGCCUGUGGAGGGGAUGUUCAGAUGUCAGGUCAAGGGAUGCAAAUGUGCUUACAGCACACGGUCAAAUUUACUGCGACACACCAUGAAGAAACACCAAGACAUUUACAAACGGAUGCUCAUGAACCCAAAAGAAGGCAAGAGGGGGAUUAAACUUGGUCGGCCCAAGAAGUGUCAUCUGGAUGUUAUUGAGAAAGAAAACAGAGAAACUAACAAAAAAUCUGUUGAAAAUGAAAAGAGUAGCAAGAAACCAGUUAAAAAGGCAGAGAAAGAAAAUCAAGAGAAUAAAAAGAAGCCAGUUCAAAGGGGUGAGAAAGAAAAUAGAGAGAAAAACAAGAAGCCAGUUCAAAAGUGUGAGAAGGAAAAUAGAGAGACUAAUAAGAAACCAGUUAAAAAUGGUGAGAAAGAAAAUCGAGAGACCAAUAAGAAACCAGUUCAAAAGCGUGAGAAAGAAAAUAGAGAGACCAACAAGAAACCAGUUCAAAAGCGUGAGAAAGAAAAUAGAGAGACCAACAAGAAACCAGUUCAAAAGCGUGAGAAAGAAAAUAGAGAAACCAACAAGAAACCAGUUCAAAAGCGUGAGAAAGAAAAUAGAGAUACUAACAAGAAACCAAUUCAAAAGGAUGGUCUUAAAAAAAGAGAAAAGAAAAACAACUGGAAAAAAUAUGGAAAACCCCUUUUGAAAACCCAGGAAGAAGCUGCUGCGAUGUGCACCAAGCGAUUACAACUGCAGUAUGCUUGUAUGAUAAAGGGCUGCGAAACAGUCACCAGUUCUGAACGAAAUAUAAUGAAACAUUAUCUCCAACAUGGCCUCCCAAAACAGUACCUGGAGGAACAGAGAAGCAAUUUUAUAUACUGUAAAAAGAUACCCCGAUCCAGAUAUAAACGUAUUGCUUCCAGAAGUAAUGAUACAGAUAAAUCAGAGGAAAGUUCCAUCUCAGAGACAUCUGAUAAUGAGGAGGUUGUUGUACCCAUCCCAAGUGAAUCAGAGUUCUCGAAGGCCACAUCUGAGAAAGAAAGCACAGAAGAUCCAGAUCUGUCAGAUUGUAAACCCUCAACUGACACAUGUUCAGAGGUAUCGGUAGUGGUUAAACGGAAAAGGGGACGCCCACGCAAGGGUGAAGGUAAAAGGGACAAAUCAUUUGGACAUAAAAGAACGACAAGGCUGAGGACUGCAAGAAGUUGCACAGUCAACUAUGCAGACUUAAACUCUGAAUCCACUUCCUCUAGCACGACCAUGACCCAGGAGGACAUCUUUGACCAAAAUACACCAUUGAAUUCCUUCAAGCCCAUGGGGUUUGAGGUGUCCUUUCUUCAGUUUCUUCAGGAAUCGAGAACAUCCCAGAAGAGAAAGGCAACAGUACCGUUGAGUGGAUGUUCACGCAAACGAACAACUAUUCACUUAAAGACUGCAACAGUAGUGUGCAAAAGAUCUGAUGUAAAAAUGCAUUCGAGAGAGGUCCUGCAACUUGUUGAAUUUAAAAAUCCCCAAAAGUUGUCCUCACUCAGCAAUGUCACAUUUGAGGUGCAAAAAGUUUUUUCUGAUGUAUUUGGAGUUCUUCUCAAGCAGCUUCAUGAAAUGCAACCCACAGUGAUCCUUCAAAAAGACGAUUAAUUUAUUGAGCUUAUUUCCCCUAAUGUCAUGUUGUCAGAACUCAGGAUGAGGUUGAUAACAAGAUUGCUGCAAACCUAGUAAAUAAUUUUAACUGGACGUUUAUCUCUAUUGAGACAUGAAUGGAGAAUGGUUGUUGCUUGUUCAAGAUGUUGGAAUGUUUUAGGAUCUGGAAGACACUACGUGGCCACUAUCUAAAUGUUUAUAACGUUACAGGGCUGUGUAUGUUAAGCUCACUUUAUAGUUGCAGUAGAUGAAGAAAUACCUCUAAAGCAUGUAUGUCCUUAUAUAAAGCUGUUCAGCAUAUUUCUGUUGCCUUUGAAGUAAAUAUUUUGAGUAUACAUAGUCAUACUUUUUAAUAUUCCAUUGGACUUUUUGUAUCCUACUGAAAGUGAAUCAUGAUCAGUUAUGAUGUUAUGUAGUGCUGUGUAUAAUUUGUAACCGUUUUGGUCCUGUUUACCUUGUAAAUCUGAAAUUUGUCAAAAAUGGUGUGUCUGGUUCUUUGAACAACU